GCUCUUGUGGAACCGGAAAGGCAGGAAGGGGAAGGAAGGGAUUGAUACCCGAUGGUUUGGUUCAGCAUGGAGUAGGUAAGCAUAAUAUAUGCAAUCACCACGAUUCCCAUUCUAAGUUGCCAAUACAUACAUUCCCAACAACGGAAGGCUAAUCCCAUGUCGACAGAGCAAACUAAACUCCAAUGAUAAGAUAUUUCAUAGACAUGACGUGCUCAUUCAUCAUUCACUUGAUUGAUUACUCAACACCCAACUUACCUACUAGAUACGCUAAUCUAGUACCUAUCAAAUGAUAAUACAUUAUUUAUACGGAUAUGAAAGAAUUAGCACCCCGUCUCCGAGGGAGAAUGUCCGGUCGUGGUGGGAUAUGCUCGGAUUGUGAGUGAAGUAAGUGAUACGGAGUGAGAUAUGGUGUGUCUCGCCGAUUGAUGGAUGCCGGAUGACCAAGAUGCUUACUUCUCAUCGUACCUGAUUUACCACGCACGCAUGUUUACGAGAGCAGAGGUAGGUGGGAUUCAUAUCGUACGGGCGGAUGGACGGGGGAAUUUUCUAUACACAUACACAUACUCACAUACAUCUCUACGCAUGUGGAUGUACUCAUGUGUAGAUGCAUGGCACGAAGUCCGACGACACGGAGGAAAGAAGACACCGCGAGUCGGGGCGCGGAGGAGAUAUAUGUCCGAGGUCUACGAUUUUCCUUCUCCACAUUCAUGGUUUGGAGCUUGGAAGGUCUGUGUUUCGAUGAAGAUCGAAGGUCUUUGGACUUUGGAAUGAUCUAUUGAUUUCUAAUACGUUUGCCUAGGUGGAUGUGGAUGCGGAUGCGGUUUGGUUUGAGUGGAUUUUUUGAGCUUGGGUUUGUUUAUAUUGUGAGGGGACUUGCUGUUUUUGUUGAGGAAAGCAAGAAGAGGAAAGUACAGUUUCUCUAACUAAUCAAUUCGUUCAAUUUACCAUUUUUGAAGAGGAUUUAUACACCUAUAACUCGAUUUCUAUAAUUCGAUACAUUUUCCAAACGAAACAACACAUAUCUCAAAAGAUUCAAAUCGAUCCAGAAAAAUGGUUACCAUCACUCUCGAUGCCGAUUACGGCUACGUAAUCCUCGCCGCGACCUCCACCUUCGUCCUUAACUUCUGGCACGGCAUCAACACCGCUUCCUACCGCAAAGCCGCCAAAAUCGACUAUCCAGCCGCCUAUGCUCCCUCCUCCCGUACUGACACCGCAGCACAUCAAUUCAACUGCGCGCAGCGCGCACAUGCGAAUUUCACAGAAAACCACUCGGUAGCGGUGGCGGCAAUGUUGGUUGCUGGAUUGGAGUUCCCGCGAUCGGCAGCCGUAUUGGGCGGUGCGUGGACGGUUAGUAGGUGGAUUUAUAUGACGGGGUAUAGUAAGGGGGGUGUGGGUGGAAAGGGAAGAUAUAAGGGUAUUUGGUUUUGGUUGUUUCAGAUGGGAUUGAUCGGGAUGUGUGGAUUCAUGGGAGGAAAGAUGGUGCUUGAGGGAAAGUUGUAAGCUGUGAGAGUUCCACGGGUAAAUAGAGAAAAGAAGAGGGUAUAGAUGAAAUCGUUGUUGAAAAGUUGGGAGGAAGAGAAGAAGAGAAGGUCUGUAUUCAAACGGUCUCGCACUGCGCUGUCCAUUUGAUACAAAAGCUUUUUCCUGAAAUUACAGAAGUAAUCCCUCUCCUACUAUAGAAAAAUCGCAUUAAAGCCAAUGCUCUCACUACCUACCUACCCACCUAUACUAAAUACAAAUCCCAUAGCUACACAUCC